AUGUCAUCCCAGCUGCCUGCAGUCCGUCAUCCAGAUCACCCAAAGGUCCGAAAAGACCGGGUCCGCCUUCUGAUCUUCCUGUACCGCAAGGAAGGCAUGAGCUUCGACGAUUUCGACAACUACUGGCGUGACGAGCAUACCGAAGUGAUAUGCAAGAUCCCCAUCUUUAAGAGGAACCUGCUCAAGUAUGAGCAAAUUCAUCUGCACAAGGAUGAGGUCGAGUCUUACAAGAACGGCGAACGCCCAGUCGCAGUCGCGGAUUAUGAUGGUAUAGCUGUCCUUGAUGCAGUGUCGGCCGAAAAAAUUCGAGAGAUGUUCGAAGACAAGGAAUACCAGGAGACAGCUGGUGAAGACGAAAAGAAUUUCAUCGAGAGAACCAAAGCAGUCAUCUUUCCAGGGGAGAUUGUCAAUAUCUUUGAUACCCCAACUUAG